GACGUCGCAGUUCUCAUACGUGCCGGACUGAACGUGAUAGAACAGUACAAGGUGGCAGAGAGAGCGCCCAGGAUAGCAUACAGACCGUUCUGAGAUCCGCGAGCAGAGCAUCCCUAAGAUCCAAAGUUAGAGGACCAUGGGAGGUGUGGUGGUGGACGAGGGACCUGGGGGGGUGAAGGCACCAGACGGGGGUUGGGGCUGGGCUGUGCUGUCCGGCUGUUUCGUCAUCACUGGGUUCUCCUACGCCUUCCCCAAGGCUGUCAGCGUGUUCUUCAAGGAACUGAUCAGAGAGUUCGACGUGGGGUACAGCGACACAGCAUGGAUCUCAUCUAUUCUGCUGGCUAUGCUGUACGGCACAGGUCCUCUGUGCAGUGUGUUGGUGAAUCGUUACGGGUGUCGUCCGGUGAUGAUGGUGGGGGGACUUUUUGCCUCUCUGGGGAUGAUUCUGUCUUCCUUCUCCACCAGCAUCAUCCACAUCUACCUCUCCACUGGAGUCAUUACAGGUCUGGGCCUGGCGUUGAACUUUCAGCCGUCUCUGAUCAUGCUGAAUCGCUACUUCAGUGAGAAGAGGCCCCUGGCUAACGGCCUGGCUGCUGCUGGGAGUCCUGUGGCCCUCUGCUGCUUAUCACCUCUGGGACAGCUGUUGCAGUACCAGUACGGUUGGAGAGGAGGCUUCCUCAUCCUCGGAGGGCUCCUGCUCAACUGCUGCGCCUGCGCGGCCCUCAUGAGGCCCCUAGUGGCCCCUCCUAAACCCCCCCAGCGGGAAGACGUUGAGAAGGAGGGAAAAGAGUUGGAGGUAGAGAAGACCCAGUCCAGACCCAAACCUCUCCUGGACUUCAGUGUGUUUAAGGACAGGGGUUUCCUGAUCUACACCAUAGCUGCAUCUAUUAUGGUUCUGGGUCUGUUUGUGCCGCCGGUGUUCGUGGUGAGCUAUGCCAAAGAGCUGGGCAACGAAGACACCAAGUCGGCCCUCCUCCUAUCCAUCCUCGGCUUCAUAGACAUCUUCGCCCGGCCCACCUGUGGCAUCAUCGCUGGGCUGAAGUGGGUCAGGCCCAGAGUUGUUUACCUGUUCAGCUUUGCCAUGAUCUUUAAUGGAUGCACUGACCUGGUGGGAUCUCAGGCGAAGGACUACCCGUCUCUGGUGGUGUUCUGUGUGUUCUUCGGGAUCUCCUACGGCAUGGUCGGGGCGCUACAGUUUGAGGUUCUCAUGGCGAUCGUUGGCACGGAGAAAUUCUCCAGCGCUAUAGGACUGGUGUUGCUCAUGGAAGCUAUUGCUGUGCUGGUGGGACCACCUGGAGCAGGUCGGCUGCUGGACGCCACUAAGAACUACAUGUACGUGUUCCUGCUGGCAGGAAUUGAGGUGGUCCUCGCCGCCGUGGUCCUGGCCACGUGUAACUUCCUGUUCAUCAGGAAGAAGCCCUCGGAACCCGCUGCGGAACUGGAGAACGGAACGGUUUCCGCGGAAAUGGAGCUUCUCAACAAGCCUGUUGCCGCUGAGGAAGAGGAGGAGGAGGAAGUAGAGAAGGGGGAACAAGAGGUGAAGGAGAUGAAGGAGAAAGAGGAGAAGAAGAAAGAGGAGGUGAAGGAGAUGAAGGAGAAAGAGGAGAAGGAGAAAGAGGAGGUGAAGGAGAAAGAGGAGGUGAAGGCGAUGAAGGAGAAAGAGGAGGUGAAGGAGAUGGAGGAGGAAGCGGUUGAGAAAGCAAAGGAGGACGAGGAAGACAGUGAGAAAAAGAAGGAGGAGAUCAGGCCUGAGAGCGUAAUGGUGGUCUCAGAAGAAGUGGAGAGCUUCCUUAAAGAACCAGAAUAACAAAAUGGAAGAGAACCUGGCACAGAACAAACUACAGACUUUAAACUUAAACACUGCCAAGGGCACUUUAAAGGGCACUAAGAAUUGUACUCCGCAGUGUACUUUGAAGGGCACUAAAAAGUGUACUUAGAAGUGGACCAAGAAAGUGCUUAGAGAAGCAUACUGGGGAAGACACAGCUGGUCCUAGCAGUAUCCUCCUGUAUGUAGUUGUGUUGUUGUGUUGUUAUGUUGUGUAGCUGUUCUCUGUGGGGCUGUGUGCCAUAUCAACAACAAUAACACACACAGGCGCACACACACACACACACACACACACACACACACACACACACACACACACACACACACACACACACACACACACACACACACACACACAAUCGUGAAGUGAAACUGAUAAAUGUCAAGUGAAUAGCUGUGUUAAUAGUGUUGUGCCCUGCCGUGUGAAUUGUGCAGCUACCAGUGUGUAGUGCUGCAGGGCGAUUUGGUAGACACCAUGUUGUUGUCUGUAAUAAUGUGGAAUAAAUACCGUCACUUCCUACCACUGUUACUCUGGAGCACAACAUUAGAAGUGUUCCGGAACUUUAACCAAACCCAGCGUGGAACAUUCCGCUGUCAGUCAACAUUCCGUUGAGUGGCAGAAUGAGGAAUGAAUGGACAGAUAUCUGGCUACUGUCAUGCAUAUCAUUUCACUCGGAGCUUUGGCACAGACGUUUAAAGGUAUAGUGAUGUUGAACGGUUGAAUUUCACUCUGUAACCUUGUAGAGAUUGUAGACUUUAUUAGACUAGGACACACAGAGAGAGAGAGAUGCCAAUGAGAACACCAGACUAGUAUCCCUGGUUACCUCCCUAAUGGCACCCAGACAGAGAGAUGCCAAUGAGAACACCAGACUAGUAUCCCUGGUUACCUCCCUAAUGGCACCCAGACAGAGGUACCCUGUUUCUGUUUGUUUCAGUGUCAUAACAUUAACUACGAUGGCAGAAAUAGGUCACACAGUUUCUAGACUUCACAGUUUAAUCUGUAGAUGCAGUGUGAGUCCCAAAUGGAACUCUACUCCCUAUAUAGUGCACUACUUUUAAAAAAAUGUUUUUACCAGGGCCCAUAGGGCUCCCAUAGGGCUCCGUUCAAAACUAGUGCACUAUAUAGGGAAUAGGGUUCCAUUUGGAACCAGACGUUAUUAGGUCUGGCAGAACUAGCUGACAGAAACCAGUCAGUCCGGAGAAACCACCUCCCAUGCAGAUCUAAAAUACAGAACUUUAAAAAAAUGUAUUGAUAAAUGUAUUGAUACAUGUAUUGAUAAAUGUAUUGAUACAUGUAUUGAUAAAUGUAUUGAUACAUGUAAUGAUAAAUGUAUUGAUACAUGUAAUGAUAAAUGUAUUGAUACAUGUAAUGAUAAAUGUAUUGAUAAAUGUAUAAAUAGAUGCAUUGAUACUUUAUGUCAGUAUUUGUUAAAGGAAGGCUAAUAGCCUCUCCGUUUCAUGAUAAGUUAUAUUUUAUUAAUGUACUUCCUUGUUCACUGCUGUUUUCUCAGUGCUACAUGUUAACUGAUAAAGACGAUGUUGACGUAGAGGUGUGGCUAUUAGCCUACCUUGGAUGCAUCCCAAAUGGCACCAUGUUCCCUAUAUAGUGCACUAUAGUGCACUAGUCAGUUAAGAACAAAUUCUUAUUUACAAUGACUGCCUACACCGGC